GAAGUGCUAAACUUGAGAGGUAAUCAAGGCCAAUAUCUGAUACCAACUCACCACUCUGUUGUACAAUUACACUGACAUGGCUGCAAUCAUAGAGAUUGGGUCUGAGACCCAUGAUGGAGGUGAAGAGCAGGAGCAAGUAUUCGUACGUAAAAGUAUCAAAUAUGUUCUGCCCAACGACUCGGUAAAAGCGUUUAUUGAUCGUAUACAAUACGAACUUCCUAUCUCCUCCUUCACGCUACCGUCUGGCGAGGUAGUUACAUCACAGAUGAACAAUAGUUCAUACUUUGACGACGAAUACCUGAACAUGUACAAGGAGCGGGUAGUCAAGAAUGAAUGUGCCGAGCUAUAUCGUGUGCGGUGGUAUGGAACUUCGUUCAAACCUGUUGAGAACAUGUUCAUCGAGCGCAAACGACAUCACAACUACAAAAAAGUACAUAAGUAUAGCAACAAAAAGAGAUUGGUCCUGCCCAAGGAGGAGAUGAACAGGUUUCUAACAGGUACACCAAUCGAAGAGUUGCAUCCAUCGAAGGAGAAGCUCGCUAAAGACAUACAAGAAGCGAUGGUGCACAUGCAGCCCAAGGUGCGAACUCAAUACCUCAGGACAUCGUUCAUGAAGCAAGAAAACCAGGACUUGCGCAUCACACUCGACCGGGAUAUUGUGCUGUUUGCUGAGCCACAGAGUUGGGCUGAGAUAGAAGCGGCCGAUGGAACUGGGCAAGGCCGAGGCGAGAAAAUGCCUUUUACUGUUGUGGAAGUGAAAGUAGCGAUGUUUGAAGGGGGCAAGCCCGAGUGUCCCGAGUGGAUACACAUUGCGCUGAUGGAAUGCAACGCAAGGAAGAUCAAGUUGAGCAAAUACGGGUAUGGAUGUGCACAGUUCUACCCCAAACACGCCCAUCCUUUGCCGAAGUGGAAUGCCUUGGUGACGACAUGGAGUGAUCAUUUGAACUCAAGUGCGGCUGGCGAACUACAAAAUUCUGGUGAAAUGCUACGUAAGAAGUACUCCGAAAUCUGGGCCUAUGAUAACACGAGCAUACAAGAGCACUCCCAGGACUCGUGCAACACCGUGGAAAUGUCUACAGCAGAAAUGAAACCCGGUAAGAGCGAUGAAAAACCCGGGAAAGCACCGACUAGUAAGACGAGGAAUAUUUUCAAAAAGGCCAAGCGACACGGACUCAACCGUAAAAAGUACGGAAAGACUGACGGCAAAGCAUUCAUGGCGAACGAGCGUACGUAUUUGAAUUACAUCCAGUGGACUAGUAGUUUGGCGACCUUCUGCGUAGGUCUGCUACAGCUGGCUACGGGAAGAGAGGUGUUGUAUGUAUCUACAGCGAUAGUUCUCUUUUGUGAUAUGCUGAUCAUGUACGCAACAACUCUAUACCACUUGCGACGCAUAUACUUUGUGAACAACAUCCACUCCAGGGGUGGUCGUGUGCCACGAUCAUUUAAUGAGUGGAAGGUCAUAGGUACAAUCAUGACAUUGUUCUUUAUCGGAGUCAAUGCAUAUCUCAUAUACCUGUGGGUAGAAGACCUGACUUUCACUAACCUGGAGAAUGCAGUCAUUCUACCGCUGCCCUGAGAGACGCUUCGGAAAGGAACAAACCUUAACAGACGAUAAGAGAUACUUGUGAAAUAAAACUGAUAUCUUACAUAUCGUUUACGCUCACAUGCUCUUUGAACUUGA